CAGUCUCUCCUCGGUUCUUCUUGCCCAGCUGUUCCCAUCAUUACCGUCACCACACGCUCCACUAGAAUAAAUGUGCAGCUAUCAAAUGGUCGUCUCCUGGCGUCCUGAGAACAGCAAAUAGAAAGGGAGCGAGUCAGUCUAAAUGAGGUUAUCGGGAGGUGGAGGAGGAGGAAGAAGAACGAGAAGGAAUCCAUGGCAGGGAUUCUUGUGUCUUGCUUCCGCCGCAGUCUCCACCAUCAUGAUUUGCUUCGCGAGUGACCAUCCGUCGCCACGCAAUGAAUUGCAACCCGCGCAGCUCAGUAAGAGAGAUGUCAACGUUACUCCGGGAGACGUCUACGAGCGCAGGCAAUGGUUGACGGAUGGUAAUGGUAACGGCAGCGGCAAAGGUGGGAGAGGUGGAGGGGGAGGGGGAGGGGGAGGGGGAGGAGGAGGAGGUGGUGGUAAUGGUGGCGGCGGCGGCAAAGGUGGGAGAGGUGGAGGGGGAGGGGGAGGAGGUGGUGGUGGUAAUGGUGGCGGCGGCGGAGAAGGUGGAGCUGGUAGUACUUGGGGUUGGGGUUGGGGUUGGGGUUAUGGAUGGGGAUGGGGCAACGAAAAUGGUGGUGGCGGAGGCGGAGGCGGAGGACGUGGUGGCGGUGGCAGCUCGGGUGGCAGCGAAGGACGAGGAGGAGGAGGGGGUGGUGCAGGCAGGAGAAGACGGAGUAGGCAUGAAAGCAGAGACGACAGGGCGGAUGGCGGUCACAACUACAGUUCGAGCUUGUACAGGGUGGGGGAGUACGCCCGGUGCAGCGGGAGGGGGCGGUGCGGCGGAAUGAAGCUGCUCUGCCCCAUGCACUGCGAUGGGCCGUGCUUCUACGACUGCCACAGUAACUGCAGAGCUCACUGCAGAUUCUGAGGAUCCAUCCAUGCACAACGCAACCAGAGAAUCACCCCAUGUUCGUGUGCCGACAGGCGUUUUAUUUUGUUCUUUCCUUUUUUUCUUUUCUUUUUUUUGGCUAAAAGACCAGUGUUUGGUACUUGGAAUUCGUA